CUUGAUGCAUAUGUUUCUUGUUUCUCGUCGCUUAGAGAUCUCACUUCUUGUUUGAAAAAGCUGAAAACCAAAGUAAACUGAGCGAGACUUGAACAAUGAAGUUUGUGGCAUUGGUCUCGAGCUUUGUACUGCUCCAUGUCUCCUGGACAUCUGGAAAGACAGAACAAAAACCUCAGAAAGACAUCUGUGAACCCACAGCAUCCUGUGCAGAGUGCAUUAUGUACAGUCCUAUCUGCGCCUGGUGUUCUGAUAAGAAUUUCACAAAAGGAGGGGAGUCAGAAGGAUCUCGAUGUGCAACAGCUUUGGAGCUUCAGCAAAGAGGAUGUGACUCAGAGCAUCUGAUACAACCCAAGGGGGUUGUGAACAUUAUAAAGGACACUCCUCUGAGUGACAGUGCUGACCAGGAGGUGGUCACACAGCUAGCUCCUCAAAGUGUCCACCUGAAGCUUCGCCCUGAAGAAAAGAAGAAAUUUCGGGUGAAGUUCAAACGUGCUGAGGGUUAUCCGAUAGAUCUUUAUUACCUGAUGGACUUGUCAUACUCCAUGAAGGAUGAUUUAGAAAAUGUGAAGAAGUUGGGUAGUGACAUUCAGAGGGCUCUUAACGAAGUCACCAAAUCUGUGCGCAUUGGUUUUGGUUCCUUUGUGGAUAAGACAGUGCUUCCCUAUGUAAGUACAAUGAAAUCCAAGCUGCAGAACCCAUGCCCAUCUCGUACAGAGCGUUGCCAACCACCAUUCAGCUAUCGGCAUGUGCUGGAUCUGACCUCCAACCUCACCUUGUUUGAAAUGCGGGUCAGUGCAGAAAACAUCUCUGGUAAUCUGGAUUCUCCAGAGGGUGGAUUAGAUGCCAUGCUACAGGCGGCUGUAUGCACGGAUCGCAUUGGAUGGAGGAAUGUUACUCGUCUCUUGGUGUUUGCCUCAGAUGAUGUCUUUCAUACAGCUGGAGAUGGAAAGUUAGCCGGUAUUUACUUGCCAACCGAUGGUCACUGCCAUUUAAAUGAAAAUGGAGAAUAUGACCACAGCAACAUUUAUGAUUAUCCCUCAGUUGGCCAUUUAGCUCAUGUCCUCUCAUCCGCUAAUAUUCAGCCUAUCUUUGCUGUCACCAAUGAUGUGAUCUCCACGUAUGAGGAGCUGAGCAAACUGAUUCCAAAAUCUGUGGUUGGAGAAUUGACAAAGGAUUCAAGCAAUGUAGUGAACCUCAUCUCUGAAGCCUAUAACAACUUAUCUUCCACUGUGAACUUGGAGCGUUCAAAUCUCCCUAAAGGGAUCAAUAUAUUGUUUGAUUCUCACUGUCCUGACUCAUCUAGCAAGGGACAACCCACAGGGCAAUGCUCUGGCGUCAAAAUUAACCAGGCGGUAGAGUUUGAUGUGACAGUGUGGGCAAACAGGAGAAUCUGCCAAGAUGGGGCACAGAGCUUCAAGCUUCGUGUACUUGGGUUCAAUGAGGAAUUGAAUGUGCAUAUUGAGCCAUUGUGUGACUGUAAUUGUGGGGAUAAUGAGGAGUUCUCUUCUUACUGCAACGAAGGUCUGGGUAACUACAGCUGUGGCGUCUGCAGCUGCCCCGAUGGCUACAGAGGAAAACAGUGCAAGUGUCAACAAGAAAAGCAGGACUCUGAAUCAGACUGCAGGGUGGGGGAUUCCCUGCCCUGCAAUGGACGUGGAAGGUGCGAAUGUGGACGAUGCGCAUGCAACAUGGGUGUGAGAGGAGAAUUUUGUGACUGUGACGACAAUGGCUGUGAGAAACAUGACGGCCAAGUGUGUGGAGGUAUUUCCAGAGGAAUUUGUGACUGCGGGAAAUGCAAAUGUUUGGCUAAUUACACUGGCGAUGACUGCACUUGCAGUCUGGAUACAAGCGCAUGUAUGACCAGCGAAGGAAUAUGCAGCGGCCAUGGACGAUGUGUGUGCAACAAGUGUAUCUGUGAGGAAGGGUAUCACAACAAAGUGUGUAAAGAGUGCCCUCAGUGCCCGACGCCAUGCCAAAAACACAGUCACUGUGCAGAGUGCAAAGCCUUUGGAACUGGUCCCUUGAGUAGUACUUGCUCUGCUAAAUGUGAAAAUGUUAACGUCACCAUGGUCAAAGCGUCAGAUUCCAGAUUGAAGGACAGAGAAGGAUGGUGCCAGGAAAAGAAAGAGGACUCUCUAAUUACAUUCCAUAUCACAGAAGAUGGGAAAAUGGUUCAUAUUCUUGUGAAGGAAAAAGAGGUUGUAGAUCAAACACAUCUAAUUAUCGGUCUGGUUUUGGGCACUGCAAUGAUUGGGCUGUUGAUCAUCGUAGCGUACCGUGUGGCAGUGGAGGUAAUUGACCGACAAGAGUACAAACGCUUCCAGAAAGCAAGAAAUGAAGAACGAUGGAAUGAGAGCAAUAACCCACUGUUUAAAAGUGCUACAACUACCGUGAUGAACCCAAAUUUUCAGGAUUAAUGAAUAACAGUUUUUGUGAUCUGGACUGCUGGGAACAGUUUUGUACAUUUUUUUUUUAAAGCCCAGUACAAGUUGGUUGGAGAUUAUAUAUUUGUAUCUUUACCUGUGGCUGACAGCUGUAAACCCACACCAUUGAACAAGUAUUGACUGCUUCUGGGAACCCUGGUACCCUGCCUUGAUAUAUCUGCAAGAAACAAGAUUAGAACCUGAUAAUUAUAACAUUAGUUGAUGGAAUGCCUGAUGUGAUGGAAUACACUUGUUCUGAAUGCCUUAAUUUAAACACUGAAAACCCCUUAAAAAUUGUACAUGGAUACAAAAGAACAACUCAAGAACUGUGUGCUAUCGGUUCAUUACAAUGGUCUCUUCUAGCUUGAAUAAUAAAGGGGAAAAAAUGGUCCACAGAUAAGUGGAGCAUGGUAUAUUUAAUAAGUGGUAUUUCUGCAUACCAUACUUUUUUCAUGUGAGCAACUGCAGUUUCCUUGAGGAUAUAUAGUAAACAAAAAUACAAAAAGGAAAAUGAGAAACCACCUCUUGUUUAAACAGGAUAUAGGUAGUAUUCAUCUUUUAAUGUAAGCUCUGGGUCAGGAACCAAAAUUGGUUUCCCGUGAAAUUCUAUUAAAUCUCCAAUGGAGAGAACAGGUACAUCAUGUUUAUCAAGCACCGGGCAGCUGCCAAAAAGAAAUGGUCUUCUGUAGCAGAACUGUCUUCUUAAGGUAUUCCAGAAUUUAUUUUGCUACAUACUAUUGUACAAACUGAAGAACGGAUUACUGGGGUAAUUUUAUAGUUAAAUAGCUUGCCAUGCUAAUGCUACAUAGACCGUUUGGGUCUUGAUAAAGAGAAAGUUAAUAACCACUGGUUUAUGAAUAACUAGAAUGAUGGAUUAUUAUAGAGGUCAACAUAUUCUGCCACACUUUGCAACUUUACAAUGGGGAAUAACCAGCAAAUAACACAAAAAUAAAUGUUAACAGAAACAAAAGGUGGAAGGGACUCAAUGAACUUACAACCUAGAGGAGGUAAUUAACCAUAAAAAAUAAAUAACUGGUUGACUUGUAACUUUACACUCCAGGCUGAAGCUGACUAGCAUGUUAGUAAAAUUAUAUAGAUAAUAAAUCACAAUAUGUACAAUAGUACCCAUCAGGUGGGCUGAACAGUCGACCCAUAAACUGGAUUAUAUCUGUUAUUGUAUCCUGGGCAAUAGACAAGUCUUGGAUGUGAAAAUUAAGUUGUAUACAAACCACUUGUUCAUAUAACCUCAGGAUUGAUGGAAGUCAAUGUUCUGUUAUGGAUUUUUAUAUAUAUAUGUAUGUACUAAGUAUACGAGGCAUUAAUUCUCUGUGCACCAUUGUCCCUCACUUAUUGUUUGUU